UCUCCCUUCUUUUCCUUUGCCCAACUCGUCUCGUCUUCGUUCCCCUUUCCUCCUCCCUCCGCAUCCCGUCUUCCCCUCACCGCGUCAAACCCCAGCACCAAGCAACCGCCCGCCGCCCCUCCCCUUCCCUCCCGAAUCCGCCGCCGCGGUGCCUUAUCCGGCCGAUCCCCCCUCCGAUCCGCGGGUGCCCGCCGCAAGGCGGCGCCUUUUGGCCCUCCCCCGAUGUAUAGCAACUUCAAGGAGCAGGCGAUCGAGUACGUCAAGCAGGCGGUCCAGGAGGACAAUGCCGGCAACUACGUCAAGGCGUUCCCGCUCUACAUGAACGCGCUCGAGUACUUCAAGACCCACCUCAAGUACGAGAAGAACCCCAAGAUCAGGGAGGCAAUCACCGCCAAGUUCACCGAGUACCUCCGCCGCGCCGAGGAGAUCCGGGCCGUCCUUGAUGAGGGCGGCGCGGGACCCGGGGCCAACGGCAGCGAUGCGGCCGUCGCCACGCGCCCCAAAACCAAGGGCAAGGACGGGGACGGCGGCAACGGCGGGGACGACUCCGAGCAGUCCAAGCUGAGGGCGGGGCUCAACUCCGCCAUCAUCACCGAGAAGCCCAACGUCAAGUGGAACGACGUCGCCGGCCUCGAGAGCGCCAAGCAGGCGCUGCAGGAGGCCGUCAUAUUGCCUGUCAAGUUCCCGCAGUUCUUCACAGGCAAGCGGAGGCCUUGGAGGGCUUUUCUUUUGUAUGGCCCCCCUGGAACAGGAAAGUCUUAUUUGGCAAAAGCUGUCGCAACGGAAGCUGAUUCAACGUUUUUCAGUAUAUCUUCAUCAGAUCUGGUUUCAAAGUGGAUGGGUGAAAGUGAGAAAUUAGUUGCGAACCUUUUCCAAAUGGCUCGUGAGAAUGCCCCUUCAAUUAUUUUCAUCGAUGAAAUUGAUUCUUUAUGCGGUCAACGUGGAGAAGGCAAUGAAAGCGAAGCUUCUAGGAGAAUCAAGACUGAACUUCUUGUGCAAAUGCAGGGUGUUGGCCAUAAUGAUGAUAAAGUUCUUGUUCUUGCUGCUACGAAUACGCCAUAUGCUCUGGACCAGGCUGUGCGGCGAAGAUUUGACAAGCGUAUCUACAUUCCGCUACCUGACAUGAAAGCAAGGCAGCAUAUGUUCAAGGUCCAUCUCGGGGACACACCCCACAGCUUAACAGAAAGUGAUUUCGAGGGCUUGGCCCGUCGAACAGACGGAUUUUCUGGUUCAGAUAUUGCUGUUUGUGUGAAGGACGUGUUAUUUGAACCUGUGCGCAAAACACAGGAUGCCAUGUUCUUCUUUAAGGCUGACGGUGACAUGUGGAUGCCCUGUGGACCAAAGCAACCGGGUGCCGUCCAGACCACCAUGCAGGAGCUUGCAUCCAAAGGCCUUGCUGCAAAGAUUCUUCCACCACCAAUCUCCAGGACGGACUUUGAGAAGGUCCUCUCCAGGCAGAGGCCAACGGUUAGCAAGAAGGACCUGGAGGUGCACGAGAGGUUCACCAAGGAGUUUGGCGAGGAGGGCUGAUACAUCGUGUGCGGACACUCACCCAUGCACAGCUGCACCACAGAAAUGUAUAUUGUUUAUGACUUUGAUUGUUCUGGAUGCAAGUUCGAUUCACAGGAUUGUACAUUCGGUAGCCCAACAAAGGUUGAUCAUGGCCGUGGCUUUAUCUUGUGUUGGGCUAUGGAUGUGCCUCUGUUGUCAACUUAUUUCAAUUUUACACAUACUUGGAAUAUUUCCACAGGUGUAUUAAGGAAUAAUAAUUCUUAACGUGGAGUCCUUGUGGUGCAGCCUGUAAUGUAUAGAUGUUUUCUUAUUUUCCUCGAGUUUCUCUUGUGCUA